AUGAUUAAGUGCACAGUACCGGACAGUACACCUCUGCUGGACUUUGCAGACUAUGGCUGCUUUUGCGGUUUAGGUGGUACAGGGACGCCUGUUGACCAGCUCGACCAGUGUUGUUUUACCCAUGAUGCCUGCUAUGGCACAGCAAAGACCCUUCAGUCCUGCUCAUCAGUGUUUGACAAUCCCUACACAAACACAUAUGACUACAAGUGUGAUGAGAAUACCAAAACGGCCACGUGUCUGGACAGUAAUGAUGAGUGUGAAAUGUUCAUAUGCAAGUGCGACAAGGCUGCAGCGGAGUGUUUUGCUCAAUCCCCUUAUAAUGCCUCCAAUAAUCAUCUGCCCUCGAGUGUUUGCAGCUCAGCUUCCAGAGACCAGCAGCUUUCUUACUGCUCUCACUGCAUUCACAGUCACUCUCACACUCAUAUACCACAACAAAAUACCCUGCAAUAAGUGAAAUGUGCAUGCACUGAACAUAUCCGUGUUAUUUGUUGUCAUUUUGGUCAUUUAAACCCUUUUGUGUGCCGACAGCUGUUUUGCAUGUACUCAAGCAUUUUGUAACUUUUUCCAAGCCUUAUGAAAUUCUCAUGCUUUUUCGAGAAAACUGAAUUCUUCUUUUACCAGCUGUGCAAAUUGCAAACACAUGCUGACGUUCCCAAAGAUAAACACACACACAC